GACAGCGAUACAGUACGGCGCGCAGAGCUAGAGCAGCGAGCGCAGCUCUUGUCUUAUCAUUCAGUUCGAUAUUCGACAUAAAUUGUCCAUAAAUUCCAAGUGAAGAGUGUUUUGCGCAGUUCAUUGACAGCCACAAUAUGGUGCACAACGAGGAGCUUGCUCUGGACACGGGUGUCACGCGGGGCACACCUGUUGCCAUCAACGGCGACACCAAGCCGAAUCAGCGCCUGUACGAGCCGCGCGAGCGUUUCAUAAUAACCAAAAAUGUUGUCGUCAUUGGGCUGGCUUUCAUGAUACACUUCACGGCCUUUCACGGCACAUCGAAUCUGCAGAGCUCGGUGAAUGCCGACAAGGCGCUGGGCACCACAACGCUCGCCGUCAUCUAUGGCUCGCUCAUAUUGUCCAACAUAUUUUUGCCCAUGACUGUGAUUAGUUGGUUCGGCUGCCGGCUGACCAUGGCCCUGGCCCUGUUCGCCUACAUGCCGUACAUCGCAGCUCAGUUCUAUCCGCGCUUCGAGACGCUCAUUCCGGCCGCCUUGAUGGUGGGCUUCGGCGGCGGUCCGCUGUGGUGCUCCAAGUGCACGUAUUUGUCCACCGUCUCCGAGGCGCUGACUAAGGUGCGCGGCAGCAGCUCGCGCAAGGAUGUCAACACGGUCAAGUUCUUUGGUCUGUUCUUCAUCUUCUACCAAAUGGCUCAGGUGUGGGGCAAUCUCAUCUCCUCGUCGGUGCUGACACUUAGCGCAGCGACUCCAGCUAACGAGAGCCUGGAACUGGAGCCUCUCGAGGCGAGCAUAAGUCGCGUGGGUGAGCUGUGCGGCGCCCGCUUUUGCCCUGGCGUCAGCGCUGAGGUGAAUCCCAAUCUGGUGCCUCCGGCGCCCGAGCAGAUUCAGCUGCUCAACUCCAUCUUCCUCGCUUGCAUGGCCGGCGCAGUGAUUAUGAUGAUUUUCGGUGUCAGCUCACUGAAGCGCUAUGGCGUUAGUCGCGGCGACACGGGGGACGGCAUCUCUGGCCUUAAGCUCUUAACUGUGACCAUUAAUCUGUUGCGCAAACGCCGCCAGAUACUCAUGCUGCCCAUUACCAUGUUCAUUGGCCUGGAGGAGGCAUUCCUGGCCGUCGACUUUACACGCUCGUUCGUUGCCUGCGGCUGGGGCAUUUCCAAAAUCGGAUUUGCUAUGAUCUGCUUUGGGGUGGCCAAUGCGAUUGCCGCUGGCAUUGCGGGCGCCUUGGUGGAGCGCUUCGGACGUGUCACUCUGGCGGCCAUCUGCGCCGUGCUUAACAUCUGCCUGCUCGCCUACAUGUUCAGCUACGAGGCACGUGAGGGCGACUACCUCAUGUACUGCACCUUUGCGGCUAUUUGGGGCAUCUGCGAUGGCGUCUGGCUGGUUGUUGUCAAUGCUUUUUAUGGCAUUCUGUUUCCCAACCACCUGAUUGCUGCGUAUAGCAACUUCCGUUUAUGGGAGAGCACGGGUUCUGUCAUUGGCUACGUCAUCAGCUCCCAGUUGUGCACAUCCACGAAACUGAUAAUUCUAAUGUGUGUGAUGGCUGUGGGCUGUGUGGGCUAUGGCCUGAUCGAGUAUCGUGUGUGGCAGAAGCAAAAGAACCUAGAGGCCAUGUUGAGCGACUGAUGGAUCAUUGACUCUGCCGCGAUUGCUUUGCUAAUAUUCGUUCAUGUGAUAUUGCCAGUCUACAUUAAGAGCAAUUAAGAACAAUGUAAUUAGUAUUAAUAAAUUAGUUUCUAAGUUUCCACUGAAUAUACAAACUUUUGUGU